UGGCCAUAUUCCAGAGAUUAUAAUGACGCGACUGACCUAAUCGGGGAAUAAUAUAAUGGAUAAUAAUGUAGAACAGGAUCCAAUAAAACAACAAACAGCAGCAUCAGCAACAACAGCCACCGAAAUAUUGACAGGCACACGGACCAUUGGAGCGGGAGGAAAUUCAACAUUUUGGAAGAAUAGCGGAAGAAUUGUGCCCGGAUUUAUAUCGCAAAGUCCCAAACACAAUCCAAAUCUAGACAAAGUCUCGGCUACAGUUGGGCCGGGCGGGGCGGUUGUCCGGGGCAGCGGUGGCGCUAUGGUCUCGACAUUUCGUGACUACCAACAGUCGGUGAGCGAUGCAUGGGAUACGGGCGAUGAUGAAUUCUGCAUCAUAGGACGCAGCACAGAGGAGGCGGCGGCCGGCGGUAAUGGUGCUGGUGGUGGGGCCGAAGCUACUCGAAUUUCACGUCAAGUGUCACAAACAGUUGCCCUCAAUGUCAUCGAAACGCAUUCUCGUAGCAAUCCAAACCACGUCACAAACAAUCCUGAUGGAAAUGGUAAAAGCUCAGCUGACCUGGCGCCAAGUAUUCGACAACAAUCGACGGAAGACAACAAUAAGGAAGAACGCCGUCGAUCGCUGCCAGAUAACAAUGAAAACAGACUUCGUCUGAGAAACUAUCCGGGACGGCCGCAGCUGCAGAAGAUAAGUUCCAACUGCCAAGAUAGCGAAUAUGAGACCAAAAUCGAAAAAUUUCAACUGCUACUGAAUUCCCCACAAUUGGAUUUGGUAGCCUUAAAGAAGCUCAGUUGGUCGGGUGUUCCGCGUAAGAUGCGAGCCGUCUGUUGGCGUUUGUUAUCCAAAUAUCUACCGCCCUGUGGGGAACGACGAAAUGCUGUGUUGGAGAGCAAACGUCAAGGCUAUCAAGAUCUGAGACACAACUAUUUUAGGGUUGAUAGUCAGGACGAGACACAGCAAGAUACCUAUCGUCAGAUACAUAUCGAUGUACCACGCAUGAAUCCACAAAUUCCACUCUUCCAGCAACAGCUCGUACAGGAGAUGUUCGAACGUGUUCUUUUCAUUUGGGCCAUCAGACAUCCAGCCUCGGGCUAUGUACAGGGCAUUAACGAUUUGGUUACACCAUUUUUUAUUGUAUUCCUUCAAGAAGCUCUGUCACCUGAUACAGAUUUAGAGAAAUACGAUAUGGCCACAUUGCCGGAAGAAACACGCAACAUUAUCGAAGCUGAUUCGUUUUGGUGUCUCUCCAAGUUUCUUGACUGCAUUCAGGAUAAUUAUAUAUUUGCCCAAUUGGGCAUACAGGAAAAGGUGAACCAACUCAAGGAUCUUAUACAACGCAUAGACGUAAAUCUGCAUCGUCAUCUACAGUCACAUGGAGUUGACUAUUUGCAAUUCUCAUUCCGGUGGAUGAACAAUUUACUGACACGCGAACUGCCCUUGCAUUGUACGAUACGUUUGUGGGACACAUAUCUGGCCGAGUCGGAUGGCUUUGCUUUGUUUCAUUUGUAUGUUUGUGCUGCAUUUCUGCUGCACUGGAAGGAGCAGCUAAUGCAACAAAAUGAUUUCCAAGGUCUCAUGUUGCUGCUACAAAAUCUGCCAACCCAUAACUGGUCCGAUAGACAAAUUAACGUGCUGCUCGCUGAAGCAUUUCGCUUAAAGUUCACAUAUGCCGAUGCGCCCAAACAUCUGGAGACGAAAUUGAGUUGACAAAAGCAAAAGCUACAAAAACAGCAGAAGCAGCAGCAAUUCAUAUACGUAAAAUAAUAGAAAUUAGUUUUACUGCAUACACAAUUUUCUCGUGGAAUAUUUAAUAAUAAUAAUAAUAUUACCUACACAUACAGACAUACUGAUACAUGCAUAUACAUUUAAUAAUAAUCAUAAUAUACAAUUUGUUAUUAGCA